AUGGUUGAAAGGGCUGUGGCUAAAACGAUGAAAAAGCGACAGCUUUUGCUGCGUGGAGCACUACUGUUUACAUGUUUGAAACUGAGAAGAUGGGAUGUAGUAGCUACAACUUCUUGUGAAGACCACUUUUUGCUUGACGACCGUUUUGAGCAAUCGUCGGAGAUUGAGAUUGCAUUGUUAAAGGAGAAGCAGGACUUUGAAAGUCAGAUACCUUUGAAAAUGUCGAGAAUUGAUGAACUACAGAAGAGUUUCUCUGAUAUCAGUGGCAGAUUAAAUAAAAUUUGGUUUGUAGACGUAAGUCUAGAAGUAACGUCUGGAGUCUGAAAUUACUUGUGUAAACGAAAUCAUUUGAUUGGAUUAAAGCCACUGCAAGUUCUACCUGAGCGAGCAAAGUUGGACGCACAGUUGUUAGCUGAGGAUGAGUCAAAUUAG